UGAUACAGAGCUGCUUCUCCGUCACAUUGAAAAGAGCCUAACUUUGGAUCUGGAGGGACUUCUGCGAGUUCUCUGAGGAUGAGCUGCUGCUGAGAAGAUCUCAACAUGAACCUCUGCUGGAAAGCUGCUUUCCUGCUGGGAGCCUUCUUCUGUUCUGCCAGCAGCUCCGAUGUGGAAGGAUACUCCAAAACCGACGGGGCGUGGGUCCUCUCGCUGCACAGGAGACAGUACUCAGUGGACUCUGUGGCCGACUGCGCCGCCAAAUGCGACGCUGAGACAUCCUUCACAUGCAAAUCCUUCGCCUACAUUGAAAAGGAUCAGGAAUGUUGGACGGCUGCAUCAAACUCCAAAACAGAGCCGGUCCUGCGCAGACGGAGCUCAGCUUUGUAUGAAAAAAACGAUUAUCUUCUGGAAUGUGUUAAUGGAUUAGGAACAGAUUACAGAGGAACGAAGGCCAAAACAAAAUCAGGAAAAGCGUGUCAGAGAUGGGAUGCACGAUUCCCGCACAGGCCCAACAUUACUCCACAGACCCACCCCCGGGCAGACCUAGACUCAAACUUCUGCAGAAACCCAGAUGAGGACAGCGGGGGGCCCUGGUGUUACACCACCGACCCGGACACUCGCUGGGAGCACUGCAAUGUUCCGAACUGCAGCGAGGACUGCAUCCACUGCAAUGGGGAGGACUACCGAGGGAAAGCCUCCGUCACCGAGAGCGGCUACACCUGCCAGCGCUGGGACUCGCAGAGCCCUCACAGUCACGGUUACAACCCAGACGCUCUUCCAGAGAAGUAUCUAGAAGAGAACUACUGCAGGAACCCGGACGGAGACCCCCGGCCGUGGUGCUUCACCACCAGCGCGUCCAAACGAUGGGACUACUGCGCCAUUCCCCGCUGCACAUCUGAACCCCCCACCAUUGUCCCGGAGUUGACCUGUGCCUCUGGGGAGGGGCAGGCGUAUCGGGGAACCGUCGGUGUGACUGUGACCGGCAAAGCCUGCCAGAGCUGGUCAGAUCAGACGCCACACAAACACAGCCGCACGCCAGAAAACUACCCCUGCAAAGGUCUGGACAACAAUUACUGCCGUAACCCCGACAAUGAAAAGAUGCCCUGGUGUUACACCACAGACCCCGAGACUCGCUGGGAGUUCUGCAGAGUGCCGCGGUGCGAGGACUCACCUGAUCCAGACGAAGCGGUGUCCCCCCCCGUGGAAGACAACGACUGUUAUGAAGGGAACGGAGGAAGUUAUCGAGGAGUAACUUCAGAGACCAUCAGUGGGAAGAAAUGCCAAAUGUGGAGCUCCAUGUCUCCACACAGCCACAACAAAACUCCAGAUAACUUUCCCGAUGCGGGCCUCAGGAGGAACUUCUGCCGGAAUCCGGAUGGGGACAGAGCCCCCUGGUGUUACACCACUGAUCCUAAAGUCCGUUGGGAGUACUGCAACCUGAAGAAAUGCUCCGAACCAAUAAAGACCCCCCAAUCCCAGGACUCUCAGUCCCCAGCAGAGAAAGACUGUAAGAUUGGAAACGGAGAGUCUUAUCGAGGCCCAACGUCCAUCACCAUGUCGGGCGUGACCUGCCAGGCGUGGAGCGCCCAGAGUCCCCAUGCACACAGCAGCUUCACGCCGCAAACGCACGGUGAAAAGGGUCUGGAGGGCAAUAAAUGCAGGAACCCGGAUGGGGAUUCACACGGACCGUGGUGCUACACCACAGACCGCAACAAGAAGUGGGACUACUGCCAGAUCCCCGACUGUGAGGAGGACCUCACAUGCGGGACACCAGUUUACAAACCGAGACGCUGCUUUGGACGCAUUGUUGGCGGCUGUCAAUCGAGACCUCACUCAUGGCCGUGGCAAAUCAGCCUCCGGACCAGUUCUGGAAUCCAUUUCUGUGGAGGAACUCUGAUCGAUCCUCAGUGGGUCCUCACUGCUAAACACUGUCUGGAGAGGUCCAGUCGGCCGUCCGCCUACAAAGUUCUGAUGGGAAUCCACAAGGAACGGGCCACUGAGACAACCAAGCAGGAGCGCAGGCUGGAGAAGAUAGUCCAGGGCCCCGCCGGGGUGGACAUCGCUCUGCUGAAGCUGGACAGACCUGCAGACAUCAAUGACAAAGUGCUGCCCGCCUGUCUGCCUGAGAAGGACUACACCGUCCCCAGAGACACCGGCUGCUAUGUGACCGGCUGGGGCGAAACUCAAGGAACGGGAGGGGACGGCGUCCUGAAGGAGACGGGAUUCCCUGUGAUCGAGAACAAAGUCUGCAACAGUCCUUCAUACCUGAACGGGAGAGUGAAAAGUCACGAGAUGUGUGCUGGGAACCGGGACGGAGGACACGACAGCUGUCAGGGGGACAGCGGCGGCCCUCUAGUGUGUUUGUCCCAGAACAAGUACGUGGUCCAGGGAGUGACCUCCUGGGGUCUGGGCUGCGCCAACGCCAUGAAACCCGGCGUUUACGUUCGUGUCUCGAAGUUUAUCGACUGGAUUGAGACAACCAUGAAAGCCGGCUAAUCUGAUCUACUAUGGCUCUAUACUAAUCCUGAUUUCUUCACUGCUUCCUGUCAAUCAUCUGUAUCACAUGACAUUUCCAUAAGAGAAGCGACUUAUAGAGCAAACAUGUUUGUAUGGAGGAAAGGUCGUGACCUUCACGUCAAAUAAAGAUCAAACUGAUGUUUCGUC